UUUUUUUUUCUUUCCCCAUUUUUUUUUUUUAUCAUUUUUUUUUUUCUCCUACUACCAUUUUUUUUCCCGCUUUUAGAUUCUAUUGUCAAUGCCAGUAGAUAAUUCUAUUAUACUACCUUCAACUUCUUCUGAUAAUGUUAUCAAAUAUAGUGUAUUUGAUGACAAAGAAUGUUUACCACAUAUUUUACCAUCCUUACAAGAUUUGGAAAUAAUAGAUACAGGUGUUAGUCAUUGGAAUAUUAAAGAUUGGAAACAUUUAGAUAAUCGGUGUCAUGGUCCUAUAUUCAAAGUGGGUCAAUAUUCAUGGCGUGUAUUAUUAUAUCCAAAAGGGAAUGGGAUUAAAGAUAUGGUAUCUAUUUAUUUAGAAGCUUUACCUGAAAACAACAACAAUGAUAAUGAAACACCUGAUGAUUGGUAUGUGUGUGCACAAUUUGGUUUAGUGAUAUCCAAUCCUGAAGAUCCAACCAAUUAUUAUGCCAGUCAUUCUCAUCAUCGAUUUUCUGCAGAAGAAAUUGAUUGGGGAUUUACUCGUUUUUAUGAUUUGAAAGAACUUACCAAAUUAUAUCGUCAAAAAGGUCCAUUCUUGGUCAACAAUCAAACUGUCAUUUCAGUAUAUUUACGUGUUAUUAAAGAUGAAACAGGUGUUUUAUGGCACAAUCUGAUAAAUUAUGAUUCAAGAAAAGAAACUGGUUUUGUUGGUAUCAAGAAUCAAGGCGCGACUUGUUAUAUGAAUUCUCUUUUACAAUCACUUUAUUGCACUAAUCUUUUUCGCAAAGCCGUUUACCAAAUACCAACCCAAUAUGAAGAUCCAACAAAAAGUGUUGCUUUAGCCUUACAACGACUCUUCUAUCAGUUACAGUAUGCAACAGAACCUGUAGGAACAACGGAAUUGACAAAAUCGUUUGGAUGGGAUUCUUUGGAUGCUUUUAUGCAACAUGAUGUACAAGAAUUUAGUCGAGUAUUGUUGGAUAAUUUGGAAUUGAAAAUGGAGGAUGCCUCAGAAGGUGGUUCCAGUAUUAUCAAACAAUUAUUUGUUGGGAAAAUGAAAAGUUACAUCAAAUGUAUCGAUGUAGAUUAUGAAUCAUCUCGUGUUGAAGACUUUUAUGAUAUUCAAUUGAAUGUUAUGGGCUGUGGUGAUGUACAAGAAUCUUUCCGAGAAUAUAUACGAGAAGAAACAAUGGAUGGUGAAAAUAAAUAUAUGGCCGAAGGAUAUGGGCUCCAAAAUGCACUAAAAGGCGUUACAUUUGAAUCAUUUCCUCCUGUACUACAUCUACAACUGAAACGUUUCGAAUAUGAUGGUAUCAAUGAUAUGAUGGUGAAAAUUAACGAUAGAUAUGUAUAUCCAGAAGAACUUUGUUUGGACGACUUUUGCACUGAUCGUCAACAAUCUUAUACAUAUGUAUUACACAGCGUAUUCGUUCAUAGUGGUGAUUUUGAUGGUGGUCAUUACUUUACGUUGAUUAAACCUGGAAGGAAUGAAAAAUGGCUUCGAUUUGAUGAUGAUCAUGUAACCCCAGUGACGGAGAAAGAAGUAUUUGAAGAUAACUUUGGUGAUGAACCUUCUCGAAAGAUAUUACAACCUUUGGUCAAUACAACAAAUGACAGUAACCUAUCACCAACAACAACAACAACUACUACUACUACUACGAUGUUUUCCACAGAAUCCACACCACCUCAUGACCAUCGUCGAUUAAGGGGUAAUAGUUUACGGUCCAUCAAACGUUUCACCAAUGCCUACAUGUUAGUCUAUAUUCAAAAAGAUAAAUGGGAUCAAGUCCUUGCUCCGGUAUUAGAAGAAGAUAUCCCUGUACAUUUACAAAGGUGGCUCCGGUGGUCGAAAAGAAUGGUCAAGAAAAUGUUUAGUCAUGUAGAUAGAUCUUAUUCCCUUACCCUUUAUUCAUUUAUCAAUAAUAAUAAAAAGAAAAACAAAGGCAUUCAUAUACAACUUUUUUUCAUUCCUUUUUAUUACAAAUAUUCAUUCCUUUUUUUUAGAGUUAGGUGAUAUCAUUUUUUGUUUGGAAC